UAGUAGUAGUAGUAGUAGUAGUAGUAGUAGUAGUAGUAGUAUCAGUAUUAGGAGUAUCUGGCAACCUUUCAUUCAGUGACAGACAGCCGCCAGCAUGGGGGACCCCGGCGGCAUGGUGCUCUUCAUAUUAGGGACCAUUGUGUCCCUAGUGGAGGCUGUCACCCCGGACCUGAGUGCCGGGGAGUGCCUGGCUCUGGGGCUGAACCGUGCCAACCUGCUGUGCUCCUCCUGUGACACCCUCAAGGAGUUCAACUUGGAGGUCCUGGAGCCAAACUGUCGGCAAUGUUGCAACGUAGAUGACGUCAAUGCAGUGCCCAGCAAGUACCCUCGUGCCCAGCUGGAGGUGUGUGGGUGACGACUGGGGGCCUUUCCGCAGGUUCAGGCAUUCGUGAAGAGUGACCGACCUGCGGCUUUCCCCAAUCUUACCAUCAAGUACGUGCGUGGCGCCGAUCCCGUCAUUAAACUGAUGGACGAGGAUGGCGACGUGAUGGAGACGCUCGCCAUCGACAAGUGGAACACCGACUCUGUGGAGGAGUUCCUCAACACCUACUUACUGCCCCCCUCUACCUCCCCUGACCAGACUCUUAAUGAGGUCUAAAGUGUUGUCCGUUGUUUAAGUAAUACAGGGUUGCUCGCUCCUUCUCCCUCAGUCUCUCUUUCACCUGCACCAUUCCCUCCUCCUAUACCUUGGAGUUAUCAUUAUUAUUAUUAUUAUUAUUAUGAUUAUUUUGAUAUAUCUAUAUUUUUCCAGUAUAAAUUUCUUCUCUUCAUGGCAAAUCAGAUAUAUCUAUUAAAAGAAAAUAAUGUGUAAAAAAAUCAUAUUCCUAGAUACACAUUCAUAAAAACAUUAAUUCAACUCAAAUUCUUGGUUCUAAAAGUAAAAAAAAUAGGGGGGGAGAGAGAGAGAUGUGGUGCCGUGAGAGGAAGUAAAGUGAUAUUCGUAAAAACAGAGAAAAAGUAAAUAAUAGAGGAAGUGAGUCAAUAAUGAUGAGACUAGAUGCGAGUGAAAACAGCUGGUGAUGCCGAGAAGAGUGAAUUUUUUGUAAUAUUUUUUCUAUUCGAUGUUAAUUGUGGUAUAAACAUCUGCUCCUUCCUCCAAAUUUUGCCUUCCAGUGUGUGUGUGUGUGUGUGUGUGUGUGUGUGUGUGUGUGUGUGUGAGAGGAUUCCAAUCACUGCAAACUUCAAAAAAUGGUUGUGCUAAUAAUAAUUGCUGUUAGAUAUCCAUUUUUGAGCAUAUUUCCUUUUUCAACAAGGCAUAAAAUGUGGAAAUCACUUACAUAUCUAAACUUAUAAAUAAUGAAUAAAAGGCAGCAAGGAGAAUAUUAAUAAAAAAGUAAAUAAAAUAAUAAGAGUAAAUGUAAUUAUGUAUGUAUGUGAUGUAUAUGUGUACUUGUGUGUAUGUGUGUGUGUGCGGCAAAGAAUCAUUCAUGUGUACUUGUUUCCUGGGGACUGGAGGGGAGGAAGGGGGAUGGGCGGGGUCACCUUGGCAUGGGGUCAGGUCAAAUGAAGCCAUGACCUCAAACCUCUUUUUCAGGCAGGUCACAGUGGAACCUCACCCCCCCCAAGUCAGGGUUACCCCCCCACUUUUUCCCUCUCCCUCCCUUUCAGCCCCCACAGCACACUACCAUUGAUAUUCUUUUUAUAUGAGUUAAACUGUAAUAAACGUUUGGUAUAUU